AUGGAAGCUACUGCCGAUGGAUCUUUUGACACCAACAAUGUUGCAACAGCUCAAGCGGAAACAUUGCGGCAAAAAGGCAAUGAAGCGUUCAAUCGUCGGCAUUUUCUUGAAGCAAAAAACCUUUAUUCUCAAGCUAUUGCAUGCCACAACACAAAUCAUUUACUAUAUGGGAAUCGAUCCGCCGCUCUGUAUCAACUCAAGGAUUUCCAUGCAGCUCUUCAAGAUGCCGAGAAGGCAAUUGAAAUAUCACCUGAUUGGUCAAAAGGAUAUUUACGAAAGGGUGUUGCAUGCGAAUCGUUGCAACUUUGGGAUGAAGCGAUUGAUGCUUUUGAAACAAUUUUGCGGCUGAAUAAUGAGGAAAUCGUAGUUUCGAAAGCAAAAAUUGCGAUAACAAGAGUAAAUUUUCGUAGAAAAAAGAGUGUUGUAACAAAAGGGUUUUUAUCCGGCAAAAAUGCGUCGGACAUUUAUACGGAAAAAGAAAAUGUGAGUCAAUAUACAACGCAGCAAUCGUGGCAAUUGAUGCUGAAGAAGUUGCUUGAUGGGUGCAAUAAACGAGGAAUGAAUAGUCAAGGAGAAAGUGUUGUGUUAGAUGAUGGCAUAUUUGCCAAGUUGUUGCAAGAAAAUGAGUUCCAGCAGUUAAUUUAUCCAGGAAUUCCAACGGAACAAUUGAUUCAUGCACCAAAAAAAUUUGCAGACUUUAUUAGAAGAUCCAUGGUAUGA